ACUCCUUUCUGUCCCCUGAUAGUGUGCACACAUCGCAUAAGACUUUAGUUUAGUCUGGUGUGUGGGCCACCAUGGCGAAGAAUCUUAAUGCUUUAGGAAUCCCCGUUGGCCACAUGAGCCAGGCAGUGUCAGAUGGAGAGUUGAAUAUGUCUGCACGGGGCUGUGGAGGCAGUAGCUCCAGCCUUCCUGGGACUCCAGGCGGAGAGGGUGGCUCAGCCAACGUACUGAGCUGGGCUGUCUCAUUUGAAAAAUUGUUGGAGGACUCCAUUGGAGUAUACUACUUCAGGGCCUUUUUGAGAUCUGAGGUGAGUGAGGAGAACAUUUUAUUCUGGCAGGAUUGUGAAAAGUUCAGGAAGAUUCCGGCCACCUCCAUAUGCAAGCUAAAGGAAAAAGCUCGCUUCAUCUAUAAUACCUACCUGUCUGAAAACGCCCCCUACUCAGUCAACAUUGAUGACACAGCCAAGACAGAGGAGAAGGACCUGAAAGAACCCACAACUGAUAUGUUUAACAAGGCUCAAACACAGAUAUUUAAGCUGAUGAAGAUGGACAGCUACAGGCGCUUUGUGCGCUCUCCUCUUUACCAGAGCUGCACCCUAGCAAGUGUAGAAGGCAAGCUUCUACCUCAGCUCUCUAUAGAACCUGCCCGCAUGGGAUCCUUGGAGGACAUGGCCACCAGAAGCCCAUCCUUAAGUGACAGGAAGAACAAGAAGUCAGACAACAAACAAGGGGGCAAGAGUGCUUCAGAGAAACAUCGACAAAAAAGAGGCUCCUGGGGAGACACAUCCAACACCCAUGUUUCGGCCUCUCAGAAAGAGUCCCAUAUGCCGAUCAAAUCGACCAGCAGUGUGGAGCUUGGCGCACUCUACAGGCAAAUUCAGAAUGGCCGAUUGAGUCCCCACUCCUUAGAGUUGAGUGGAAUUGGGAGCCGGUAUGGGAUGGAGGGGGGCUAUUGCUGUGUCUACCUACCUGAUGGCAGUGCCUCCUUGGCCCCCACACCUAAUGGCCUGCCCAUCAGAGACAUGCUGGCUAGCCUGUGUGAGAAGAGAGGCUUCCCGCUGAAAGAUGUUUUCAUCUACCUUAAAGGCAAGGACAAGCCCUUAUCACUGGACCAGGACUGCUCUGUACUGAGAGAUCAGCAGGUCUCUCUUGAGCUUAGGGUGAUGUUUGCGCUGGACAAUACCUUGACUGGUAAGACACUGGGCAUCGUGGCGAAGUCCAGUAAGACGCUGCAGGAGGCGCUCUCUGCGGUGCUACAGAAACACCACCUUAAGCCACAAGAGGCCCUGGUUACCAUGGUCGAAACUGACGAGCCCUUGAACAUGAGCGCCACUGUAUUCAGACUGGCCAAUAAGAAGUUACGGCUUGACAAAAUCAAAGCAGGAAGAGACCAAAGCAACACUUUCAGAGCCAGUGGUAUUGCUGCAGCCACACAGACAGGAGCAGUGAUUGCAGCUGGUCUGGAGGCCCGAUCAUCACCGCAGACGGCGAGAUCAAAGCAUCAGCCCAAGCCCAGUAAGAACCACGACAUGGAUGGGCUUCUGGACAUGCUGUCGAGGGCUCAGUGCAGCAGGGUUGAUGACCAGCGAGGUCUUUUAACCAAAGAGCAGCUGGAGAUCCCUUCGUUCCUACAGCUGACCUUAGACCAGGGACAAGACACAGAGCCAAAGGAGUCCAGUACAACCAGAUCUUCCUCUGCAGAAGACUCAAAAGAGAAAUCAGAAGUCAAGACGUCACCAGCUUCUAGUUCAGAGGAAGUUGAUCCCAAAGACAUGAGGGAAACGACACUGUGAGACUUUUUUUCAUCAUGUUUGGGUUGGACAAGGAUAUGAUCAACAACAGUCUGUGUUGCUGAUCAUGUCAAAAGACAGAAACUCAUUUUUAGUGAAAAAAAUGGUCUAGCACUUUUUAUUAAUUGUUUACAAAUAAGCUCUGAAUCAGCAGUGUGCUCCCAUCUCUGCUACUAGUGUCCUCUUGAGGCAAAAUAUAAAAAAAUAAAGAUCAUGGCAAGCAUUUAUAUAGUGUCAUUUUGAAACACUACAUCCCCAUGGAGAAAGAUGUUUGCUAUGAAUUGUUUAAUGUAUCCAAAAAUGUUUGAAAAUAAAUUUUAGCUCAGCAGUUAAGCCUGAAACCCGUAUGUUUGCUUCAGGUUUCCCUGACGUUUGAAGCUGUACAGUUUGAAUUGCAGUUCACAUUGCUGGUCUUUGUCACAACCUUAUGUUGCAGUUUCCCUUAUCUUUACACUCUUAGCAAGAACAUGUUUCUGCACAGGGCUGUCCAAUGGAGGUUUGAAGUGUGUUGCACAAUUGUGUGUUUUUUUUAAUUUUUAUUUCAAUUAAGAUUACUCAUUUUGAGUGGAGAUGAAUUUUAAUAUUUUAAAUGACUGAUUUCUGUUUUGUUUGCAUACUUUUGAUUUAUAAUGUUGUUUAUACAUUUUAUUUUGCUGUGAUGGCACUUAAAGCCCUGGUCAAGUCUUGUUUUCUGUCACCUCAUUCAUCUCAGGGUCCUUAUCAUUAAUUAAUUAUGCUGUAUUACAGCGGGUACAGUUGUUUCUUAAACCUAUCACACAGGGUGUAUCAAAAGAAUUAAAGUGUAUA